CUACUUGCGAGUUGCGACUCAUUGGAUGCUUGCCAGUUCCCCUCUAUUCGCUUUCGCGUUUGGGUGUCUAACAGCUAACGCGUAGCGACUCGUGCUACGAAUUACGAUUCCUUUGUUUACAUGUUACGAGCCUUUGUGUUGUGCGCAAUGGAAACUAAUCAAUGUAUUUGUUGUUGUGUUUAGUGUUUGUGUUUCUUCAAUAUGGUUCCUGACAGCAACUCUGUGAGUACCUCGGCGUCAUUGACCGAGGACGUAAAUAUUAGUUUUGAAAAUAUCACCCAUAUUGUACGGCAUAGCCUUCUUCCUAGAGGAGGCAAGACGAUAUUGAAUGGAGUAAAUGGACAAUUUAACGCAGGCGAACUUAGUGUGAUCAUAGGACAAUCAGGCGCAGGAAAGAGCACUUUGUUGGAUAUCCUCGCAGGAUACACUGAUGCAACGGGUGGCAAUAUUUUUGUGAACGGACGAUUGCGGAACGUGAAAUUGUUUCGGCGUCGCUCGUGCUAUAUACUACAAGAUGACAGGGUCCAAGACAUGCUCACGAUACACGAGUCCCUCCACUUUGCAGCAGAACUCAAAUUGGGCAACCAUAUUAGCACAGAACAGAAAAACGAAAGGAUAAAGGAAAUCGUCGAGUCGCUUGGUGUCAAAGCAGCUAUCAGGACGAGAGCAGCCAACUUGUCCGGAGGACAGAGGAAGAGGUUGGCUAUCGGCCUGGAACUAGUCAAUGAUCCACCUGUUAUGUUCUUGGAUGAACCUAUAAGUGGCCUAGAUGUGUCAACGGCAUACAGACUGAUCUUGCUUUUACGAGGCUUGGCUCGCCAGGGAAGAACAAUCAUCAUAUCAAUGCAUCAGCCAUCAGCCACAUUACUGAAUAAGGUGGACAGGUUAUACGCCCUGGUGGAGGGGAGGUGCGGCUAUAUGGGAUCUGUCUCGCUACUUGUGCCAUUCCUCGCUGAAAAUGGCUUGACAUGCCCAGCGUACCAUAAUCCAGUAGAUUUUUUUAUAGAAAUAUCAGAUCCCAAUGAUAAGAACAACGUCGUUGUCAAACAAAUGCUGGUUCAACAAUCGGAUAAUGGCAGAAAUAUUUCAUACUUACAAAAUACUGUAAUAGUUAAUGAUAAGGAUGAUGAGCUUGUGUGUUUGUCAACGUUACCUUCACCGAAAGAAGACCCAACGAACAAAAUAUUACUGGCACUGAAAAGUACAUAUCCAACAACUUCAUUGAAACAAUUCGCAAUACUCACGAGGCGAACGUUAUUGACAAUAUGGCGCGACCCAUCCUUUGUCCUGAUGAAUGUGAGCAUCCACAUAAUGAUGGCGUUGUUCGUGGGCACUCUCUUCUUCAAAGUGGGAGGAGAUGCCAAGUACAUGAGAGACAAUUUCAACUUUCUCUACUUCAGUUUGAUGUUUCUCAUGUUCACUGCAUUUAGCAGCGCCACUGUACGAUUUCCAGAUCAAGUGCCAAUCGCACGCCGGGAACAUUUCAAUCGGUGGUACAACACAGGUGCCUAUUUGGGUUCCACUUUGGCCUCAAUACUGCCUAUGCAGACUAUCAGCACAUUGUCCUUUUGCCUCAUCACCUACCUGCUAACUGGACAACCGCUGGAAAGUCUGCGAAUAGCGCAGUACAGUUUCACACUUGUUCUGGUUUCGUAUGUGGCUGUUUGUGUGGGACUGUUCAACGGCUCUCUGUUUACUGUUAAGAACGCCGUGAUCUUCGGACCAUUCCUGAUAAUGCCCUUCACAGUAUUUUCUGGAUUUUUCCUGAAAUUCGAGGACGCACCAACCUUUUUCCAAUGGAUAUUCCAUAUAUCCUUUUUGAAGCAUGGCUUGGUUGGUUUAGUGCUCUCCAUUAUGGGCAUGGAGCGGCCGAAGCUCGCGUGCACGGACACAUACUGCCAUUAUGCGAAGCCUCGACAGUUUCUGAAAGAUUAUGGUAUGUUACACGAGACAGUUUUAGUUGCAUUUGGAGCUUUAGCCAUUAUUGGCGCGGUAGUUAUUAGUUUGACGUACGUUAUACUGAAAAUACGGUUAAAAUUUAAAUGGUAAGUUGGUAACAUUCCAAAGAUCAAUUUAUACGGGUUUCUGGUUCAUUUGAAACGUGGUUAAGAUCUACGCCUCGUAGCGAUAACGAGUGGUUUAAAUGUAUUGGACAGAAGAUAUGGGCCUUAGAAGACUAAAUUUGUGAUGAACGUUUUAGUCUAAGAAUGUUCUUGCCAUGUAAGUUUCGGAAUAAGUAGUUAUUUUGUAUCCAGUUUUCCGUUUAUCCGCAAUUUUGCCUAUAUGUUCCGCGCUUUCCUCUGCUUUAUGGCAAAACAAAGUUCUACUUGCGGAUACGAUUAUAUAACUUUGUUAUGUCUUUUAAAGAAGAUAAAUAUAACAUAUAAGAAUAAUCAAAUAAACAAUAGUGCUUUAAACCAAACUAAAUCUUUAUGAUUGGAAGUUUUCGAUUUUUUUUUCAAAUUGUGUUUAGGCUGUUGUGAAAAGAUACAAAAGUAUUGUUUUUGUUAGGGCGUCAAAGAAAUGAUAUUAAAUACUACAAUAGCUAACUAGAUAAUUAGAACAAAAAUUUAACUACAUUUGAAUACAAAUGACAUUUAGAGUCUGUUUCACAAUGUACGCUAUUAGUCACAUAAAGUCCAUCGUAAGUUAUGAGUCCGAUGAAACGUGAUGUUUCUUAUUCGGAACUUUUAUCUUCCAAAUAAUUUAUGUGUGGCAUAGCUGGUUCUUUAUCCAUACAUUGUGAACAGAUCCUUAUUAUAAGCUAUCACAGAUUUAUCUUAAUAUAAAUAUUUUGGGCUAGUUCCUAAAUAUUACAAUGAACGUAACUAAAACAGAUAUGUAAAGUGAUGUGUGACAUUAGAAACGCUAAAUUGAAUGAUGAUAUUCGUUAAAAUGCAGAAGCGAGAAUGAACGCAAACUAUCACUAAUAAUAAUAUGUCAAAAUAUAAUACAUGUUUGACGUACGGGAGUCAGACUUAGCGCUGUUUCAAAUAUUUUGUAAAAAGGUUUUGUAUUUUGACAUACGAGAGUGUCGUAGUUCGCGGUAAGUCUUAUUUCUGAAUCGGGGUCGAGAUAUAGCGCUGACCAAAUCCUAUACAUUUUUGACGUACGAGAGUCACUUAGCGCUAAGUAUCGAUUUUGACCCUUUAAUCGUGUACCUUAUUACAAUAAAAAGGGGUUCAUCAGUUAUAAUAACAAAAUUUCUUAACAUUGUACCCAAAUUUAUCCAGUCAUGGCUUGUAUGUACAAACUUAUUCAAAUGGGAGAUCGAAUUUUAUAUAUAAGUUAUAUUAAGUAUAAAUAUAGAACAAAUGCGAGGUUGUUUUAGAAUUAUAGGUGCCAUAGAGAUCUUAUUAUGUAUGCUCUCAGAUAUCAUAUAAUAAACGGGGUAAUCAAACACUUAUGCAAUAUGUAAUAAAUAAGCUGGACAUCAUGCUACGGAAUCAUGUCACAAAUAUAUUAUACCAUUGGUAAACAAACUAAUUAAGGUGGACUCUGUCGGAAAUAAAAAAAAAACUAGAACUGUGCUGUAUUUUUUAAAAUAUCUGCUCCCAGUGGAGGUCUUCCAGCAGAUACGAAGAAUUGUUUUCAUAAUACUGUGAUUUAGUUUGUAUUAUUCAGUAAAAUAAAUAAAUGACUCCUUCCUCAAAGGCCGGCACACAUCCGCUGUUAAGACUGUCCUGUAGGUUCGUAGCCCCCUCCCGCUUUUAUUAAAAAAAAACUUCAAUUUCGACUACUCGUUAAUUCAAUAUAGUCCAGUGACUCGGACACAAAAACAAACAUCUAUCAAUAGAUAAAAGAUAGAUAGAAUCGAAUUUGUAUAGACCCGACUCUUUAAUCUGCUGAAAAGUACAGGUGCAUAGGUGUUUUUGUCAUUAACUUAACAAUGAACACAUUUAGAUUUAGACACUUUACUGAAGCCCGUUUUCUAGAACGUUAAUCAAACUUAAGUUUCAUGAGCUGUCAAACAAUUUUUUUAUGUAUGAAGUUUUACAUAAUUGACAGCGCUCCAGACGAGAUUGUGUCUUGUGAUAUAGGGUCUUUAGUACGAACUAUAUAACCAUCAUUCUGAAUCUUAUUUUGUGUACUAUGUAGGAAUUCCUUAAAUUAUGGACUUAACAAUGUAUGAAGAUAUUCAUAAAAAUAGCUCGAUAUUGUUGCUAUCUCUAUCGGAUGUAUAUUAAUAAAAGAGACAGCUAUAUUGUUAUUUUAAUCUAUCUAUACAAAUUAUACAUAACUUUAAUAUUUUUCACGUUUAUAGUGUACAUACAAUGUUUAAUGAAAAUGCUGGGUUUAGGAUUAUCUAGUAAAUGGUAUGAUUGUAUAAUGCCUUAUAGUAUGGGUCUAUCUGAACUGCAUUGCUCAAAUUUUGGGUGUUAAAUUGUGUUCAUUUUAUACGGAUGAUUUAAGUGUAAAUAAAUAAAGAAUUUAUUG